GUUAAAAGGGGAGAGGAGUCGGCCUGCGCCUGGAGAAGUCGGCGACGAUGUCCGCGACGAUGUCCGCAUCGGAGCGUGGGAAGUCUGGAUCCGGCGCCGACUCCUCCGCCCUGGCGGAGUCGCUGGAGGAUCUCUUCGCCUCCAUCUCCGCCAUGGUCAAGGGCGAGCUCCAGGGAACAAAUAACCAACUUUUGCUGCUGGAGAAGAUGAACCAGAGAGUAGGAGAAGAGUACAACGCCUUCGGAGAUGUCGCAUCCGGGCUAAGAGUCUUUGUCGAACAACUCGGCGAGAAGAGCCGUGGCUUCGACGAGUUCGUGCAGCGAAUCGACCGUAUAGACCAGCAAGUCACCGAGUUCGAAGCUGUUGUCUCGAUGCUCGAUAAAUACGUCUCCUUACUAGAAAAUAAAGUACAAUCCGCGUAUCAUCAUAAUACACCGCCUUAGUAUUUCUGUUGGGUUAAAUUUUACGGUCUUCUUGGAGAUAUGAUCCGAUCGAUGAUUUUGCUCGAUAUUUCCUUGUUCUUUUUCUUUGUCAUGGAGAUCAGAAUCAUUUGAUUUGGGUGGGUGUAGAAAUUGUUGUGUAUGUUGAGUGAGUGGUUAGGUAAAAAAGCACUUUUGUGCAGGUUGUGUAAUAACUGCAGUUAGAAAGAGAGAGCUCUUCUGUUAUUGACAAUCUCUUCAUUUUUCUACCAGAGAGUUAAGUAGUA